AUGUUCGGGAUGCUCACAGCACCUCUGGAAAACUCCCUGCUCAGACUUGACGAGGAGCUGAAACACGGAGCCACUGAUAUUUUUGUUCUGAUUUUGCGGUUCAUGGGUGACCCUAAUUUGACCGGGGCCCAGGAGAACGUGUUUGGAAACUACAUAAUUCAGAGGGGACUGGCCAACCCCAGCCUCCGAGAUGAGAUCCUGGCUCAGGUCAUCAAUCAGGUGUGGAGGAAUCCCAACGCUCUGAACUCAGAGCGAGGCUGGCUGCUGCUCUCGUGCUGCCUGUCUGCCUUCCUUCCCUCGCAAAGACUGGCCAAGUAUCUGCUCAAGUUUGCCUCGGACUAUGGCCCUGAAGGUUUCCACUGUGUGUGCCAGCACCGGCUGCUCCAGGCUCUACAGCGCCUCACUGUGGGGGGGCCGGAGUACGUCAGGACCUACCCCCCCUGUCUGCUGGAGUGGACGGCCAAUCGCAAGAAAGCCCACACAGUCCUGCAUGUGCACUGCUUUGAUGGGUUGUCCUUCCUUUGUCCCCUACACUCCUGGACGACUGGGGAAGAGAUGGCUAAAGAUAUCCUCACACACAGAGGUGUGAGUGAGGGUCGUCAGGGCUGGUCCGUGCUGCUGAAGGAGCCAGCUCAGUGGGUGGAACUGGAGGGCUCAGACUACGUUCUGGACCUGCUGUCAGACCUGGAGCUACCUGCAGACUUCCCCAAACACAGCAGCUACUUCAUCAUCUCUGCGCAGAACCCCAGCCGAGUGAGGGCCAAUGCCAGCAUAAGCCUCUUGGGCGGUGGAUUUGAUAAGAAAGAUGACGUCAUGUCUUCCAUUAGGCCCAACUCUGCAGUUAUGUCAAGUCAAGACAUGGAGCCACAGAGAGGGAUGGACCGCUACCUAGACAGCCUCUUUGACCCGGUACUGGACGAGGGAACUAUAGACGAGUCUGCGGCAGGGCUGGCGAGCAGGAUGCGAGGAGCCGGAGGUGUUGGAGGGGACCAGACAGGCGGCCCCACACUACCCCCUGGAGCUGUGCGAGUGCUGCCGGUGGGAGGUGUGAUGCUGCCUCCGGUGGCGGCUGUGGCACCUGUAGCUCCUGAGACCCAGCAGGCUGUUCUGGCUCAGCAGCAGCAGACCAUUGCCAACCAGCAGGCCGUCAUCAUGGCCCAGCAGGUGACCAUGAAUGCAAUGGCCAUGGUCAGCCCGGUGACCAGUCCCCCCACCUCUCCUGUGACCAGCCCUCCAUCCAGCCCUCUCCCCUACCACCAUGCUAGCCCCUAUGCAGGCAUCCCCCCUAGCCCGUACGCCAACAUGCCCCCUAGCCCCUAUGCCAACUUUACCCCAUCUCCAUACGAGGCCGCAGACAUCCCCAGCAGUUCCUACACUCCUGCUCAGGCUUCGACCAUGACUCAGGGACAGACUACCCAUCAAGCCAAAGCCACUAGCAGCCAACCAGCUACAUCCAGAGUCAACGGGACGGCCCGCGAGUCAGACAAAGACAGUGUCCAGAGGCGAAAGGCCCCGGCCGCACCAUUAGACAAGAAGCAACCUGCCAAGAAACACGCUCCGGUGGCCACAUCCCCUCCGCCCCCUGCUACAGAAGUGGUGAAGUACUCCACUCAGCUGAUGGACCACGUUGUACCUACUCACGGCGUCCAAGAAAUCAUCAAACGGUACAACUCCCCCCCACCUCCCCCUGAGACUCUGCCUCCUGGGAAAAGGAGACCAGAUGGAAAGUUCAAAAAGAAACAAACUCCUCGAGAUGAAGCUCUGCAGAUCCUCAAGCCACAGAUGGAAAACCCUCCAGCCCCGACUCCCAAGGCACGUCUUGUGGCACCUGCCCCAGCCCCUGCUGCUUCUUCUGCCCCUGUUAAACCAUCCCCAGUAAUGGUCCCAGUGCAGGAUGUGGCCCCUCAACCCAUUAAGAGUAAAGCCAGAGCAAGGGAGCGGCCCCUGCCUGCACCGCCGCCAAUUUCUCGAGAUCUUCCCAUAGAGAGCGAAUCCAUCCAGACGCAGCUGCACCAGGCUCCUAAUGACGAGCACUACACCUACACCAACGUGCCCUGGAGACUGUACCUGCGGAAGGAGGUAUUUUAUCCCAAGGACAGCUUCAGCAACCCAUUAGUCUUGGAUCUCAUUUUCAAACAGAUUGUGAAUGACGCACUGUCGGAGGCUUGUGUUCGCAUCACGGCCGAUGAAAGGCAGAAGAUGAAGGCUCUGUUCGCAAAGCACAACGUGGAGCAGAACAUGGACCCGGUGGAUGAGAGCGUGAAGAAGAUCAUAGUCAAUGCUGCAAGAGAAACCUGGGAGAUCUACUUCUCCAGGCUCUUCCCUGCAUCGGGCAGCGUGGGCACAGGGGUCCAGGUGCUGUCCGUGUCCCACAGCGGAAUCAAACUGCUGAAGACGGUGAAGAGCAGCGCGGCCGCUCCAGAUUACUUCAGAGUGCUGAGGCCCUACACGUAUGCAGACAUCCUGUUUGUGACCAUCCCAUCUGAGAACAUGCUGGAAUUCAAUCUCACCAACGAGAAGCUGAUCCUGUUCUCUGCUAAAGCGCCGCAGGUCAAACAUCUUAUCGACUCCUUCAUCAGUGAGAUCAAGAAGAACUCGGACUAUGUGAUCGCUGAGCGUAACUUUGUGUCCGACGACCAUGCCAUGUUGAGCUUCCACAAAGGAGAUGUGAUCAGGCUGCAGGUUAUGGACGGCCUGGACAAGGGCCACAGUUAUGGUUGUGUAGUGAGGAAGAAGGUGGUGUUUCUAGAGGACCUGAAGAGAGACACUCCAGACUUUGGCUGGAAGUUUGGUGCUGUGUUUGGACGCUCCGGUGCUUUCCCCUCUGAGUGCGUACACCCGGUUGCGGCCCCUGACUUCCUGUCUUUGCCUCUGGACCGCACGUCAGAGCCGCGGGGAGGCCCAGGGCAAGUGGCCGUCUCCUCAGCUGUGGCCGUGGCUGUGGCCUCUACCAUGGCUGCCCACGAGAUUGACCACACCAUCGAGAAAGUGUCCCUGGAGGGCUUCACCGAAGGAGAGCUGGAUGAAAGAGUACUACAGGACAGUAAAUAUGACAUGCUAGAGUUUGCCAAGAAGUACUUCAGACAGUCCACACUGGAGAAGGGGGACUCUCUGAAAGGCAAAGGCAAAAGCAGAGAGCUGACAGAAAUGAUCAAAUUCUCCAAGAACCCUCUGACUGAGUCGCUGAUAGACUUCACAGACCCAGGCAUGAACCGUGCUGCCACCGACCUGUUCCAGAUGAUCAUGCGUUUCAUGGGGGACUCUGCGCAAAGAGGCACAUCUGAGCAGGAGGUGGUCAGUGCUUUUCUAAAGCUUAUCGGAGAGUUCCCUCUGAUGAGGGACGAGGCUUACUGUCAGCUUCUCAAACAGCUCACCUCCAAUACCAGCUCUAAGCCGGACAGCUGUAGCAGAGGCUGGAGGCUGCUCUACAUCCUCUGUGCCUUUCACCGCUGCUCUGAGGUGCUCAAGCCCUUUCUGCUGAAGUACUUGCACCAGGCCUCACGCAGCGCUGGAGCCCAGUACCAGGGUAUAGCAAAAGCAUGUGAGCAGAACCUCAAGAAGACUUUUCAGUAUGGAGGUCGAAUGGUUCCUCCCAACAGCAUGGAGCUAACAGCAAUGAUGGCGGGACGCAGCUCCAAACGGCAGCUGUUCCUCUUCCCUGGUGGCAUCGAGCGUCACGUCAAGCUCAAGACCUGCUCCGUCGCUCUGGAGGUGAUUGAGGAGCUGUGUUAUGAGAUGGGACUACACCGACUGGAGGCCAUGGAGGAAUAUGCUGUGUUUUUAGUCACUAACAGAGGUCAGAACGUUCGGCCUCUAAACAGACACGAGUACAUCCUGGACGUGGCAACGGAGGCCGAGCUGCUGGACGCCAACUACAGCUUCUGGUUCAGACGAGUGGUGUGGACGCAGACACUCAAGUUUGAAAACGAGUUGUGCGUCGCCAUGCACUACAACCAGAUUCUUCCGGACUACCGGAAAGGCCUUCUCAACACUCUCCCCCAGGGAAAAGUCAGCGAGCAGCAGUUCCACCAGAUCUCAAAGCUGGCAGCGCUGCAACACCGAGCCAAGGACAUCGUCUUCAUUCCCAGCAUACAUGAGCUGUCCGAGUACAUAGCGCCCCCUCUGUUCAAAAAGCUCCCUCCCCAGCAAUGGGUCAACAUGGUGACCCAGCACAUGCAGCAAGUCCAGGCGCUCAGUCCACACCAGGCCCGCGCACAAUUUAUGGGCCUGGUCAGUGCAUUCCCCAUGUUUGGUUCCUCCUUCUUCUACGUCCACAGCAGCAGCUCCACCUCCUUCUACGCCCCCUGCAUUAUCGCCGUCAACCAGCACGGCCUGCACUUCCUCCACAAGAACUCCCAUGAGGUCAUGGCGGUGGUCUCCCUGGUGGAGGUCCAGUCCAGCCGCACCCAGAGGCCCAACACGGGGGCCAGUUACCCCUACGUGGACCUGUCGCUGGGGGAUUUGAACUCGCAGAAGGUGAUACAACUGCAGCUCGAGCAGGGCCUGGAGCUGUGCCGGGUCAUAGCCAUGCAGGUGGAGACCAUGAUGUCAGUGCGUGAGAAGAGACUCACUCUGCCCCCUACGGAGACACCCGGUCUGUGCCCACGCUGUGCCCGCUCACAACGUCCGGAGGCUGGGAGACUCAUAAUUCACAAGAUAUCCGUCCAGAUUCCUGUCAUGGCCGCCAGCGGCUACUCCGACCUGCGAGAGAAGCUAAAAUCCAUGACCCCGCACCGUGACGAGAACAAAAACAAGCAGGUGGCCCGCGACGCAGAGAGCAGCGUGCAAAGAGGUCACAAACGUAAGCGCCGCGGCUCUGACUCUGCUGACGACUACGCGCACAGCGAUGAGAGCAGCAGUGAGAGCCGCGAGCAAGAAGCACGACGUGUCAAGAGCAGCACCCAGCAGAAGAACAUCUUCAGCCCUGAGGAGUGCCGACAAAUUGAAGACAAGAUUGACGAGGUGGUGGCUAACGGAGAGGCGGGCUUGUACCGAGAGCACACUGUGGACCGUGCCCCUUUGCGAAACAAGUACUUCUUUGGGGAGGGCUACACAUACGGGGCGCAGCUGGAGAAGCGUGGCCCGGGGCAGGAGCGCCUCUACAAGAAGGGCCAGGUGGACGACAUCCCCCAGUGGGUGCACGAGCUGGUCAUCAAGAAGUUGGUGUUGUCAGGCGUCAUCCCAGAAGGUUUCGUCAACAGCGCCGUCAUCAACGACUACCAGCCUGGCGGAUGCAUUGUGUCACAUGUGGACCCACUGCAUAUCUUCGCCCGGCCCAUCGUCUCCGUGUCCUUCUUCAGCGACAGCGCACUCUGCUUUGGGUGCCGCUUUCAGUUCAAGCCCAUUCGAGUGUCUGAGCCGGUGUACGUGCUGCCGGUGAGGAGGGGCAGCGUCACAGUUCUCAGUGGCUACGCUGCCGACGACAUCACCCACUGCAUCCGACCUCAGGACAUCAAGCAGCGGCGUGCAGUCAUCAUCCUGAGAAAGACUAGGCCCGAUGCCCCGCGGCUGGACUCUGAUAGUUCUCCCCCAGAGAGACCACCUCCUCUCAAAGCCAAGCGCUCACACCGCAGAGCUGACCCAGAUGCCGCCCACAGGCCCCGAGUCCUGGAGAUGGACAAAGAGGAGAACCGUCGGCAGUCUCGGUGGCGCCCCCCUCGUCACAGUUGGGAAAACCACAGGAGGAGCAGCCACGACUCGGACAAGCGCAGAGAGAGCCCGCGGCGCAAAGUCAAGAUCAGACGCCACUGA